AUGGGUUACGAGUCAAAUCAGUACCCGGGGAUGGAGCCUCCGGAUAUGUACGACGACACAACAAGCAUUCUUCAAAAUAUCGAUUUUGAUAAUCCAGAAUUGACUACACCAUUUGAUACACUACCAGAUUUUCUUGAACCGCCUGUCGGUCCAUAUAACACUCAUCCUUCUCGGUUCCAGAACCAGAACCUUGACCCGACUCUUGCAGUGCCGGAGCCAUUUCACUCGGUCCCUCAAGAGUUCAUAGACCCGAGCCUUCUAAAUAAUACCGGUAAUGUUGCGGUUCCUACCAUCCAGCAAGAGCCGUAUGGUACGUAUAAUUCUAUGAAUAUCGGUAGCCCCGUUGCCAACCACCAUGAUUUUACAGCCGUCUCCCCAAGCUAUCCUAUCAACUACACCCACGACGUGAGUGUACUAAGCUCGGAGGACAGGAACGACGAAGUAGAGAACGGAACACGGGACGUAUUUGCGCUCAGAAGGAGCAGAAUACCCUCACCAGUCCUCAUUCACCACGAGCCCCCCUUAAAGCGCCCCGCGAAGGGGCCCAACGGAUUAUCGCUAAGAAGCGGCCAGAUACCUAGAGUCACAAGGAAGAAAGACCCAAAGCCGGACCCUCGGGAGUGGUACGGGUCACCGCCACCUCCCCCGGAGAGCUGGGGUCCAAAGGAUAAAAAUGGCCGUCCUCUUUUUAAGUACACGGAAUGCGGAGAGCUUGAGAGGGGCAAAACGUAUUCGGAACAUGAACUGCGCAGGUAUCUCUACGGCCCAAAAAAAGAUGAGCAGUUUUCGCAACCGAGGCGAUUACAGGGGGUGCCAGAAGUAGAGAACAAGAUCCGCCAGGGUCUUACGUUGUGGAUUGGUUGGGUUGCCCCUCAGUCCAAUGACAGAUAUCCCUACGGGACCCAAUCUCAGAAGUGUCGAUUUGCCGGCUGUGAAGAUACUCAGAAUACCAUCAGGACGGGAUUUCCGCGUGUUAUCUUUGAUGAGCGGAUGAAUGAUGACGGUGAGGUCCUUGACCCUUACCACAAUGCUGGGUAUAUGCAUUUGUAUUGUUUUGAGCAGCAUUUCGAUCUCAUCGACGCCAUGAUUCACCUCGAUGUCCGUCCCGACGAGAGGAACUUCAAGCACGAGGAUAACAUCUUCAAGUUGACAAGGCAUUUCUCUGAUAUGCGGACCAUAGUCGACUUGUGGUGGCAGGACGAGUAUCCAAAGUUCGUCGAGGCCAGAUCAAGGGGGAAGAGGCGAAAUCAUCGCAAUUAUAAGAAUUCCUUGAGCUACCGGCUUAUUCUCCAUGCACUUGAUAACAGCACCGAUGCUCGUCUCAAACUACGCGAAGAGAGAGGCGGCGCUAACAUGGCAAAGCACAAAGGAGACAUCUCUAAACAAAAUUUCUUGAAAGAAUGUAGAAGCUUUGGGUUACUGGAUGAUAAUGACGACCCAGUCCCCGGUGCCCAUAUACGGCUACCAGAGCUUAUGCGUGAAAAGCGCCAAGCAAAGAAAUUAGCUAGAGCAGCCGGACGUAGAGACACUCCAGCACCAGCAGAAAGUCUACCUUCACCAGCAUCAACUUACAAAACCGCCAUAGAAUAUCAACAGGACGCUACUUAUUCAACGCCUUGCAGUAUACACUCGCCGAUUAAUCCCAACUCUCCAAUGCCGGGUUCGGGCUCGCCGUAUGCGUAUUUGUCCUCAAAGCCAGUAUCGUCUUCUCCCUACUAUCAACAACCAGCCUCGAUUCCUGUAACCUCGAGUCCCAUAGGGAACACAGCACGAAAGCGAGACAGGGAUGAAGUAUUGAUGGAAGAUCGAAAUAUCGGUAUAUCAUACGAUCCUGUUCAGGAUGACCCAAAUAAGAGGCCACGAACAAGCCCUAGCCCAGCACCAUCCACAACGCCUCAACAUGCUUAUACCCAGGUACUAGAUCACACGGGGCAACAGGACAACGGAGUUGGUAGUAUACCAGCAUCGACUGAGGCAAGCUAUUUGCCAACUCCGCCUGCGACUGAGCCUCUAGGUUUGAGCCCGGAUUCCGAUUUUAAUAUCCAUAAUGCAGACUCCGUUGACGUGGUUAUUGUUACAGAGGGCGCGGAAGAUAACCACGACAAAGGCGAAGAAGAAGCUGAACUGGCUGAUGGCAAUUCGGUCGAGGCUUUCGACAAUCUAGAAUUCGACGAAGGCGAUGAUCUUUUUGGCAGCCCUGCUGACGAAGCCGGACUCGCCGACCUAUUCAACCUCUGA